UCUCAUCUCCUCCCAAGCAUAUCCCUUGGUCAGCAAACUUCAACGGAAACAUUUUCCUUGCAGUCGGAAACCCUCAAGCCUUUGGAUGGUUCCCGUACCCGUAACGAGGAGGCUACCCUGAACGCUAUUCAGAUUUCUGUCUCUAUUCCCUUGCUCGACUUCUGAGCACGCUCGUCGCCCCAUUCCACCUUUGUUACCGGUACAUUGACGAAUUGGGGGCUAGGCGCCCUCUAAAAAAGCAAAAAAGUUGGGCCAAGCGCAACUUGUACGCCAACGUCAAUCGUGUCAGCCACCAGUCUGUUGGCCCAUCGGUUGGCCCGUCAGUGCGCCUUCACAGCAAUGCUUCCGUGUGCUCGGCGACACUAAUUCCAGCACACGCUCCACCCUUUUUGGUUUCUUCAACUGCCUUUGCCCUGGUCGGCACUUUAACCAUGUCGAGCUUCGUCCCCCAGGAUUUCUCGUGGACAUCAAUCCCAACCGAACUACUGGCCGCCGAACUAGCACGCCGCGAUGACGUUGACACAAAACCCAAGUGCGGUAGUAAAGAAAGAGGACACUAUGACACGGCUCUACACGUCUUUGCCCUCGGGCUGAUCUUGCUUCUGAGCACCUGCGCUUGUGCAUUUCCCCUCCUCACGAACCGAUCCGGCGGAGGACGACGACAGACCAAAAUAGUCUUCAUAUGUCAACAUUUCGGCACCGGAGUCCUCAUCGCGACAGCCUUUGUGCACCUACUACCGACGGCAUUCCUCUCCUUGACCGACCCUUGCCUGCCGCAUGUAUUCAGCAAGGGAUAUACGGCCAUGGCUGGCCUCGUGGCCAUGACGGCCGCCCUUGUCGUCGUUUCGGUCGAAUCCUACCUCACCACCCGCGGCGGUCUGACACACAGUCACAGCCAUCACCAUGUAUGGGACGAGGAUGAUGAGGAGGGAGAGGACGGCAACAAAACCCAGGGCAUCAAUGGAGCUAGCAGUAGCGGUGGAAUGGCCGCUCGCCGGGAAAGGCGUCCUUCGAAUAUCAUGUUGGACGACAUCGGCGCUUCGGAAGGUCUCAUGGCCGGCGCCUCACCACUCCCCGAGUCUACACCCGUCGUAGCCUCUACGAACGGCAGGAAACACUUGAAUGGGAAUGCAAACGAUCCGCAAGAAAGAAACAAGCACGUCUACCAGCCCCGCGACUCUUCAUCUUCUUCCCGGGAAUCCCUGGACCUAGAACUGAACCUCGACGAACUCGACCCCGUCCCCGAGCACGACGCCCAGCCCCCGGCACCGCCAUCGCAACAACGCGACCGCAUGCUGGGACAGACACCAGCGCCGCCGCCAGACGAGCAAAAGCGGCUGCUGCUACAGUGCCUGCUCCUCGAAGCCGGCAUCCUCUUCCACAGCGUCUUCAUCGGCAUGGCGCUGUCGGUGGCGACGGGACCAGCCUUUGUGGUGUUUCUGGUGGCGAUAUCGUUCCACCAGUCCUUCGAGGGCCUGGCGCUCGGGUCGCGCAUCGCAGCGAUCCACUUCCCGCGGUCUUCGCUCCGGCCGUGGCUGAUGGUGCUGGCGUACGGCACCACGACGCCCAUCGGGCAGGCCAUCGGCCUGCUGGUCCACAACAUGUACGACCCGCGCAGCCAGGCGGGCCUGCUGAUGGUCGGCUUUAUGAACGCGAUCAGCGCCGGGCUGCUGCUGUUUGCCGGUCUCGUCCAGCUCCUCGCCGAGGACUUUUUGAGCGAAAAGAGCUACCGGGUCCUGCACGGGAGGCGGCGGACAGAGGCAUUCCUGGCGGUGUUUGGGGGCGCGGGGUUGAUGGCCGUGGUGGGGGCUUUUGCGUGAGUGACGCGGAGGGUAGCUUUUUUGGAUUUUCCGAUUAUAUCAUUUGUUAAUUGCCUUUAAUUUGCGUUUGCAUCUUUCAUUUCUUUCGCACAUGUAUCAGCGCUGCUUUUAUCACUUGAUUACUCGGCCAAUGUCUUUUUGUCUUUCUAGGCUGCAUAUAUUGCAUCACUCGGUGUUUUGGGGAGCGACGGCAUUGUAGCUUGAGCAGAUGGUCUGCGACCGGAUUCAGUUAAUUUAAGAAGCUGGGAUCGUAAUGGCAACAGCUCGUAUUUGUUGAAAGGGACUACAUUAAUCAUGACAGGUCCGGUCCGUUAGAGCUGAGGGCCAUCAAUUUGAGAUUGGAGCAAAGCUCUUUGUUUAUAUGAAGGAUCAGAUCCCCGAGCUGUCGAGCUGAGGCCAGGUCCAGCUUCGUUGGCC